CAUUUAUGGACAACUGCCCCCGACCCACCUACUACAGUGAUAGCACUGAUGGUAGAUAGGAAUAAAUUAAUGUCAUUCAAGUUUCAAGCCGUGAGAUUUUCCUCGUUGAACUUAAUAGAUGUUUAAACAAAUUAUCGUGUAACAUAAUUAGUAAUGUCAUCAAUUGUAUGCAUAUUCGCUUACAAAAAGUAAAUUGUAUGAAUCUAAAUAUCUAAGUUAAAUAUUAAAAUAUUGUCUAUAUUUAAAAUAUGAUUUUAUUUAAAAGUAUUAAUAUUUAAUUAUUUCCUUUAAAUAAAUUAUUUAUGAAAAUAUUAAAUAAAAGUAGGUAAUCAUGGUAAGUAUUUUUCAAUUUGACAAAAUAUAAUAAGUAGGUAGUUAUAUAGUAUUAUAGUUGUAUAAACUAUUAUAUUAUUAUUGGUUUAUUAUUAAAAAAAUAAAGUUAAAUUAUAAAUAUUUAAUAUGAACCUUAUAAAUAUUUUUACAAAUUAUAUUAUCUUAUUUUCCACUUAUUAUAUUAUUAUUUUAUUAUUCUAUAUCUUACUUAAGCAAUAUUUUGUUAAUGAAUACGUAUAAUUUUAUUUGACUUUUUCAUUUUACCAGUAAGUUUUAUUACUUAUCCUAUAGAGGUACUUUAUUAAAAUGCUUUGUGUUAAUAAAUUAGUAAUUAUGUCUUAUAAAUAAUUUAAUUGAAUAAUAUUUUUUUUUUCAUGUAUCUAAAAAUAAUAUUUUAGUCAUUUAGCCCAACUGAUGAUGAAAAUUUUAAUAGCAGUUUUGAGAUUGGCUCAUUAUCCAAAAACUAUGAAUAUAAUCCUUUUAUACAGGAUGAGGAUACUGAAUCAGAAAAAGAAGACUUACCACGUCUGUUACUUAUGGGAUUAAGAGGGUAAAUUAUUUUACAAUUAAAUAUAAAUAUUUUAACUAAUUUCAAUAUUACUUUAAAGUAGCGGGAAAACUUCAAUCCAAAAAGUUGUAUUUCAAAAAAUGUCUCCUAAUGAGACUUUAUUUAUUGGUAGUAAUAACUCAAUAUUAAAAGAUGUUGUUAAUAAUUCAGCAUUUGUUAAUUUUCAAAUUUGUGAUUUUCCUGGUCAUUUUAAUUUUACUGGUAUUGAUGACAUUGAAUCUAUAUUUCAAGGAUGUGAAUCGCUUAUAUUUGUUAUUGAUGCUCAAGUAAAUAAUUAAAUUUAAGAAUAUUUACUAUGUAUUACCUAGUAACUACUAAUAUGACAUUACAAUUUAGGAUGCUAUAGCUAGUGCACUUAAUCGUUUACAUUCAGUUGUAACUAAAGCAUAUAAAGUAAAUAGUAAUAUAAAGUUUGAAGUUUUUAUUCAUAAGAUUGAUGGGCUUACAGAAGAUACCAAAAUGGAAACUCAACGAGAAAUCCACCAAAGAGCUAAUGAUGAUCUUGUAGAAUCUGGUUAGGUUUUAUUAAAUAACACAAAUUUAAAAUAUAUUAUAAUUGUAAUAUUCUACUGUAAAAAUUAACUUUAAUAUAUAUUUUCUUUUUUUACAUUAAUACUAACACUGUGUAAUUUUUCUUGCAGGAUUAGAACAAAAAAUUUAUAUUAGUUAUCAUUUAACAUCAAUAUAUGAUCAUAGCAUAUUUGAAGCAUUUAGUAGAGUUGUACAAAAAAUGAUUCCUCAGUAUGCAACUCUUGAAAAUUUUCUAAACAUAAUUAUAUCAGUAAUAUAUUUAUUUUUAUUUUAUUUUAUUUUUCACUACUAUAAAUUGAAUAAAUAUUAUAAUUUCAGACAUCAGGAAUUGAAAAAGCUUUUUUGUUUGAUGUUAAAACUAAGAUAUAUGUUGCAACUGAUUCAUCUCCAGUAGAUGUGCAAAGUUAUGAACUUUGUUGUGAUAUGAUUGAUGUUAUUAUAGAUUUAUCAAAUAUUUAUGGGUGAGAAGUUAAUAUUUAAAUUAUUUUAUUUAAAUAUUAUUCAUUGAAAAUAUGUCUAGCAUGGGUGAAGACCAAGAUUUAAUGAACGAUCCUGCUUUUGAUGACAAAAGUUCAAGUCUUAUAAAACUCAAUAAUGGUACAAUUUUGUAUUUAAGAGAAGUUUGCAGUUUUUUAGCACUUGUCUGCAUAUUAAGAGAAGAUAACUUUGAAAAACAAAGUGAGUGAAAAAAUAAAAAUUCUUACUAUUUACAAUGUUUAUUAUUUCAUUGUUUUUUAUUACAUUCAUCAUAGGAAUUAUAGAUUAUAAUUUCAUGAUUUUACGAAAAGGAAUUCAUAGGUUAUUUGAAUUAAAAGAUAAAGAAAAAGAUAGUAUUCCAUCUAGUAAGUCAUCAUCACUUUUAUAGUUUAAUCAUUUAAAAUUUUGUAUUUGAAUGUUAGUACUGCUUUAUAUUUUAUUUGAAGAAAUGUAUAAUUAUUAUGUUUAAAUAUUUCUAAAAAUAAGUUAUUUAAACUGUAAAGUGUAUUUAUUUAAAUAGUAUUACUAAGUAUAUUAUGAAACCAGAUUGUACAUCAAUAAAUAUUAUUUUUCACCAACUGAUCUUAAUUGUACUAUGUGUUUAUAAUAGACAUACAUUUUAAUUAUUAACCUAUUUGAAGAUUACAUUAAAAGAAUGUUACAAAAAUAUUAAACUAAAUAUUUUUACUAAAAAUGUGUAUAAUUUAUAUUAUUUUCCACAAAAAUAGAGACUAUUAGUUUAUAUUGUGUUUGUUUAUCAGUCUAAAUUAACUCUUUACCAAGUAAAUACUAAGUAUGCAGUCAGUAUUUAUUUUGCAAACAUAAUGUGAAAAUUUUUUUUUAAAAUAAAUUUUAGUAAUAUUAAUUAAUUUAAUAUAUUGUGUUUUGAAUGAAUGACUGAAUGUUAUUUAAUCAUUAAAAUGCAUUCAAAAGUAUCUUUAUAUGUUUCCAAAAAAUGUAUACAUCCCAUUUAAAUUUCAAAAGUUGACCCCAAAACCCCCCUAGAAGACUAAAAAAAAUGUAUAAAUCAUUUUAGAUUUUUAAAAAUCAAAAAACUUUUACAUUAUACUUUUCUUGCAACUUUUGUAUAUCUCUAGAUUAAAUAAACCCAACUUUGGACUUAAAGUUGUUUAAAAGGAAAUUUAAGUGAUGCCCCGUAAUAAUCACCCCAUAUAUAAAUAUUAAACAUUAUUUUUAUUGGUAUACAAUUUAUAUGUACCUAUUAUAGUAAUGUAUGUUGUCUAAUCAUUAACUUGUAAUAAUAGUAUUACCAUAGCUAAAUAUUUAGCCAUGAGUAUUACAAUAUUCCUUUGUUAUUCAAUUAUACCUUAUAAUAUUAUACAUUAUUUAUAACUAGUUAAUUUAUUAAUUUAUUACAUUAGUUGUUUUUUCUUAUAAUGAAAAAUAACUAUUAAUAAUAAUAAUAUUUUUUUUUUAAAUCUCAAAUAGUAACAGUUUUAUGCAUUUUAAGUAAUAGAUAAUUAAUAUCUCAAAUACUAUUAUUGUAGAAGUACCAAAAAAAUUGUAAUUAUAUAAUAAAUGUAAACACAAAUCAAUAAAAAACAUGAUUUUAGUUUAAAUUAAAUAAUAUUUAGAUAUAUAUAUAUAUAUAUAUAAAUAUAAAAAUUUAAACUAUAAUAUUUAAAACUAGAUAAUACAUUAAAUAAAAUAUAUAAUGAUUCAAAUUUUUAAUAACACAAGUGUUCCAACAUAUAUACCAUUUUAAUUAUUACUUUAUUAGUACAUUUAUUAAAUACUAUAAUUAUUGAAACAAAUACAAAUAUUGGGGUAACAAAAAAAAAAAUUAGAAAUAAAUAUGUAGAAUGUAAAUAAAGAGUAAAUUAUGUUAUGGAAUUAUAAUGUCACAUCAUAAAAUGGAUUUGUAAAUUUUAAUAAAAAUGCAUAUGAACAUGUAAAACAAAAAAUAUAUACACAAAAUCUUGUUAAUAUUAUAGUUGCUAAUUUAAGACAUUUGGAUAUUUGUUUUGCAAAAUUCUGAGGUAUUCCCAUCAUUCCAGAUAGUACAACCAUAUUUACAUUAUUGUGCUGUUGCUUUGAUGUAUAAAAAUCUAUAAUAGCACUGGGCAAAAAUGGCACUAUUACAGACUAGAAAAAAAAUUAAAUACAAUAGAAAUUAAGAAAAUAAAAUUAUAAAAUAAUUCCUUUCUUAAACAAUACAAAAAAUAGUACAUAUAAACAAAAUUCAAAAACUUAAGUAAUCAUAAUUAAUUAAUUUUACUUUAUUUUCUGUUUUAUACAAAAGAGUAUUAUUAUUAUAGUGAAACCAGUUAUGGAAAGCCGCAAAAACAAAUUAAAUUAUUAUUUAAGACAUAAUUCCAUAUAAAUAGACUAGAAUAUUAUGUACAAGAAAAUGCAACAGAACCUAAUUACAUUUCCAUUAGACAAAUUUGAUUGUAAACAAUUAGAAUGAAAUAAAAGUUUUGCAUUUAUAAAAUAAUUAGAUAUAAAAAGAAAUGGGGUGAUACUGUUAAUGGGUGUGCCACUGUGGUAAGUGAAAAAUUAGGAUACAUAGUUAUUUAAUUUUUAACUCUAUGUAACAAUAAAUUAUUGAUAACAAAACUACGAUUUUUAGUGAAAUUUAGUCAAACUUGUUUUGAGCUGCCAUGAUAUUUAAUUGUCAUCAAAUUUUAACGCUUGUAAAAAAAACUAGGUACAUUUGUUCAUAAUUUUUCGUAAAUAAAUGUGAAAACAACACGGUUAAUUGAAAAAAUGAACUUCCAACAUACUAAUUUAAACAUUUUUUACUAAAACAGAUGCUACUCUUGAAAUUUGGAGCAAAUUUUCUGCCUAUGAAAAUAAUUAAACUUUUAUUGAUCUGUUUUUCUUUACAUUUUUUUUCCAAUUAUUAUGAAAAUUGCUUGAAAAAUCAAAAUAUGACCUCAGUCCUUAAUGCAACACAAUUUCUAGUAGAAAAGUUGUUCGGUCACAAAAACAUUAUAGUAAGACCAACAUUCCUCCCUCCACUCAAAAUCUAAAAAAAAUAUAGUUCACUAGUAUAAAUAUUAAAUUUUACAACUUUUGAACAUUUUAGUACUAUCUGACGAAACAACUAUAAUAUUUAAAGUGAAAUCAAAUGUAUAAAAAUAUGUUAUUUUUAAAGUACAUCAGAAAAUGAUCCUCGGGUAAUACAAAUUAAAUAAAAAACAAAUAAUAUUAUACAAAAAAUUAAAGUUCUUCAAUUUUAAUAAAACUAGAAUAUUUUGUAAUGUAGGUAUUACUUACAUUGCCAAAUAAAAAUCCUAGAUCAUAGUAGAAUAAUGCCAAAAUAAUUUGAGAUAAUACCAUGUGUAACACUGUAAUUGAUGAAAUUUUAAUUUCAUAAUUAAAAGACUUAGAAUGCAAUUUUGAACUAAAAUUAGUUUUGUAGUUGAAAAAUGUUUUGUCUUUAAAAACGUUUGGAUUCAAAUUCUCUGUGGGCUCCUUAUUAUGAUGUUUUGGAAUGGUCCAAUCAGAUAAUUCAGGUUUUAUAUUAUUAUUUUCUGAAACGAAAAAAUGUGUAAACAAUUCUAAAAAAUAAACGAUAUUUUGUUUUCAAGUUAAAUAGUUGAAUAGUUAAAUUUAAAAAAUGUAUUAUUACCCUGUUUGUCUUUUAUGAUUUCAGUUUGUUCGUUUAAAACAUUUUCGUCUGUAGUAAUUGAAGUAAUUUUUUUAAGUCUAAUUUCAGAAUUUUCUAAAAUUCGUCUGCGUCUUGCUUCACGUCUUUCUUCUGCGUUCAUUAUGUGAAUUUGUCUACAAAAAUUUGAAAUACUAUAAAAAAAAUAGAGUCUAUAAAUUAUUUUCUAAAUUAAUCAAAAUAUUUAUGUACCCUAUAAUCUGUCUACCACAGAUAAUAGACAUAUCAAUAUUAAUAAUUCUGAUACACUAACACAAUUCAAAAUAUUUAAAUAUUGAUAAUAUUAAUAUACGUAUGGUCUACUAUUUUUAUAGUAGUAAUAAUCAUGACAAAUUAUUAUGUUCGGAAGUAUUUGUAUUUUAAGUUUAUU